AUUUCCACACCUUAUUUUUCUUACUUGGCGUUUCCCGACUGGAAGACGCCUCCGGUGCUGCGGGAAAUGCUCACAAGCUAACUUGAACCUGCGAUCCUCACGCAGCGACAACUCUCUUCCUGUCUCAUGCGGAAGGUGGUGGUAGAGGAACAGCGAUAUUAGUAUGGAGGCUCCUCCAAGUGGGGCCGCGACGAGUUCACCCUCCACCGCUACGAACUUGGCACACAUGGCUGCACCGGAGGUGAAACUAAAGAAGGAGACGCCCGUUGCUGAUUUCCUGUUUGGCUCAGUCGCGGGCAUGGUUGGAAUGCUGUUCCAGUUCCCAUUCGAUACCAUCAAAGUACGCCUGCAAUCUCAACCCUUGUCCAAGGAGGGAAGAGGGACAUUAUUUCGUGGUCCACUGGACUGCUUUCAACAAGCUGUAAGAAAGGACGGUUCCUUAAGUUUGUACAAGGGGCUUUCCGCGCCUCUUGUAGGAUCGAUGCUGGAGAACUCGGUUCUGUUUGUAGCUUUCAACCACAUUCAAUCGAUAAUACGGGAGUUUUUGAACAAGGACGUUGGUGAACCGCUGAAUCUGGGUCAACUUGCGGUUUCUGGAUUUCUCUCGGGCGCUGUAGUGUCAUUUGUGUUGACCCCUAUUGAAUUGGUGAAGUGCAAGCUGCAAGUUCAAGAUGUGCUAUAUUCGAAUCUCUCCACUAGUUCCGUGGGUACAGAGGAUAGCAGCCGAACGCGUCGGGUACCUUUUCGCGGUCCUGUAGGUGUUAUUACACAAACCAUCCGAGAACAUGGUUUUAUAGGGCUUUAUCAAGGUCAUCUAGCCACGUUUAUCAGAGAAGCAGGAGGCGGUGCGGCUUGGUUUGGCGCGUACGAAGUCAUGGUGAAGUACUUCAUCAACAGAUCGACCAACCCUGCAGUUAAAACAAAGGAAGACCUAUCACCAUGGCACAUAAUGGGAGCUGGUGCUGUGGCUGGAAUGGCAUAUAAUGCAACGUUAUUCCCUGCCGACUGCGUCAAGAGCCGGCAACAAACGGCAGAGGGGAGUGCUUCGUUUGUUGGCGUAGCAAGAUCCCUAUAUAAGGCCGAAGGAUUUAGAGGAUUCUAUAGAGGAUUUGGGAUUACCGUUGCCCGAAGCGCGCCUACGAGCGCACUCAUAUUCGCCACCUAUGAAUUGAUGAGCAGACACUUGGCAAUACCGGUGUAGCUCAACGACCCGUCAAUGUCAUGCCUUCUGUUGAUCUUCAUCCUAGAGAUAAGGAGGAACAUUUUUUUUUAUGUAUUUAGACAGUUUUGAAUGAGCAUUCGAACAUGUGUGUCGAAGAGCGAAGUAUACCCGUUAUUAACACCGUGACUGGAUAGAAUCAAGCGCUAAGCACCCUAAUGAUCGAAGAGAUUGCCAGCUAUUGAUGCAAUCAACCAAC